AAUCAGGGAGAUACUGUGAUGAAGUAUAGAACUUGACAUAGAAACACUGGUUUUGGUUUCAGGAAAUCUGGGUCUUAGGCCCUUCGCGGCCACCAAAAUUCUGUGACCUCUAAUUAACCCCCUACACAUCUGCUGUGUGCCUUGCAGCGUUGAGCGUUAGAUAAGUAAGGCGCCUAACAUUAGACCUGCCUGGCACCCAGAGUCGCCCAAAUAAUAGUAGGUAUUACGCAGUUGCUCUUUGAAAAUCUAGCCCCUUAGGAUAAUGAAAAUGGGUACGUGCAGCAGUGAGGAGGGGCCUUAAAAUAAGGGCGUGGCGAUACCGUCGCGAGCUGUAAAGACUACAUCUCCCGCCGGGCUUUGCAGCGAGGCAGGCCGCCUUAACUCAGUCCCCUCCCGACGCAACCGCACCUCUUUCCGCGGAGGCCCCGGAUGUAGACGCCCCCCCACCCCCGUGGCUCAGUGGGCGUGGCCUCGCGGUGGCGCUGAGACCUGGGGCUCUCUUAUUGGUUGUGCGCUUUCCGGCUUGAUUGGAUAUGGAGGAGGAGGCAGAGGCCGAGGCGCGCGGCUCUCUGGCGAUACCCAAUCAGGAACGCGACCCGGCUUUGGCGGGAGGCGGGAAAGCUGGGGCUGUGCAGAUUUGGCGCGAGCGCGGCUGGGCUUUCCUGCUGCAGGUGUGGGGUUUGUUCAGGAACUUGCCGUGGAAGUUGUCUGCAGGAGACGUGAGAGAGAGCCGGCUCUGAGGGCUCAAGUGGUUAAAAACGGGCUCUGGAGCUAUCCUGCUUUGCUGUGACACUGGGCUUCUCUGCUUCUCAGUUUCCUUGUCUGUAAGAUAACUGUGUUGCCGUCAUGCCUCAAACCCGCUCCCAGUCACAGGCUACAAUCAAUUUUCCAAAAAAGAAACUGUCUCAGACAUUGGGCAAAGCAAAAAACUCCAGUGACACCAAAAUAGAACUGACAAAUGUCAAGGCCAUACCCCGUUCACCUUGUGAAAAAAUUCUGCCUCUUAGCCCCAGAAAACGUCUGGGUGACGACAACCUGUGCAACACUCCCCGUUUACCUCCCUGUUCACCCCCAAAGCAAGGCAAGAAAGAGAAUAGUCCCCCUCGCUCACGCACACCUAAGGGGCGCAGAUUGGUAUUUGACAAUCAGCCGACAAUUAAGUCUCCCAGCAAAAGGGAACAAGCCGGAGUUCACCAAAGCAAAACACAUUCCUCAAUUCGAAAAGAUGCAGAGGUCACAACAAGUUCUGAGCAGAGAUGUCCGCUGGAGAAGGAGUCUGCACGUAUGCGAUUGUUCAAGCAAGAAGGCACUUGCUACCAGCAAGCCAAACAGGUCCUGACGACAGCUGUCCCGGAUCAGCUGCCUGCCAGGGAAAAGGAGAUGGAUGUACUCAGGAAUUUCCUGAGGGAGCACAUCUGUGGGAAAAAAGCUGGAAGUCUUUAUCUUUCUGGUGCUCCUGGAACUGGAAAAACUGCCUGCUUGAGCCGAAUUCUGCAAGACCUCAAGAAGGAACUGAAAGGCUUUAAAACCGUCAUGCUGAAUUGCAUGUCCUUGAAGAGUGCCCAGGCUGUAUUCCCAGCCAUUGCUCAGGAGAUUUGUCAGGAAGAAGUAUCCAGGCCAGCUGGGAAGGACCUGAUGAGGAAACUGGAAAACCAUAUGACUGCAGAGAAGGGCCCCAUGAUUGUGUUGGUGUUGGACGAGAUGGAUCAGCUGGACAGCAAAGGGCAGGAUGUAUUGUACACACUGUUUGAAUGGCCAUGGCUGAGCAGUUCUCGAUUGGUGCUAAUUGGUAUUGCUAAUACUCUAGAUCUCACAGACAGAAUUCUGCCCAGGCUUCAAGCUAGAGAAAAGUGUAAGCCACGGCUGUUGAACUUCCCACCUUACACCAAAAAUCAGAUAGCCACUAUCUUGCAGGAUCGACUUAAUCAGGCGUCUAAAGAUCAGGUCCUGGACAGCGCCGCCGUUCAGUUCUGUGCCCGCAAGGUCUCUGCUGUUUCUGGAGAUGUUCGCAAAGCACUAGAUGUUUGCAGGAGAGCUAUUGAAAUUGUAGAGUCAGAUGUCAAAAGCCAGACUCUCCUCAAACCACUGUCUGAAUGUAAAUCACCCUCUGAGUCACUGGUUCCCAAGCGGGUUGGUGUUAUUCACAUAUCACAAGUCCUUUCGGAAGUCGAUGGAAACAGAAUGGCCUUGAGCCAAGAAGGAGCGCAAGAUUGCUUCCCACUUCAGCAGAAGAUCUUGGUCUGCUCCUUGCUGCUCUUGACCAGGCAUUUGAAAAUUAAAGAGGUCACUCUGGGGAAGUUAUAUGAAGCCUACAGUAACGUCUGUCGAAAACAGCAGGUGGCAGCUGUGGACCAGUCCGAGUGUUUGUCACUAUCAGGGCUCUUAGAGGCCAGGGGCAUUUUUGGAUUAAAGAAAAGCAAGGAAACCCGCUUCACAAAGGUUUCCCUGAAGAUUGAAGAGAAGGAAAUAGAGCAUGCUGUCAAAGACAAAGCUUUAGUUGGAAAGAUCUUAGCUACUGGAUUGCCUUGACGUCUUUUCUUUUACACUAACGCCCAACCUGAAAGUAUCCAGCUGGCACUGAGAGAGAGAUGGCGUCUUCAAUUUAGUACCUUAUACACUCAGGUCUGAAAGCAAACGUGACCUUUUUACUUAAAACUGAUAAAAGUUAAUCUACAGAUUUGUGAAUAUUACCACAGAAUUCUAUCUUUGGGUCUUACUAUUAUGUUUGUGCAUUAAAAAAAACUACCAUGUAGGAGUUCCCUGUGGCACAGCCG